AUGUUUCAAUAUCUUCGUUUUGCCAAUAAUUCCUUUAAGGGAGAACUUCCAUUAAAUAUCACGGGUUGUUCAGGGCUAAGUAUUCUUGAUUUAAGGGGUAACAGGCUCAUCGGGGGAAUUCAAGAUGACCUGAGCACUUUAUGUAAGCUUUAUGCUCUGAGCCUUUCCCGGAAUAAUUUCUCAGGCAGCGUUCCACCAUCUUUGGGUAAUAUUUCCUCUCUUCAAAUACUUAGUAUAUCAAGAAACAAUCUAGGUGGAAAUAUUCCAGCUGAGAGUGGUCGGCUUUCAAAUCUGCAUGUCCUCGAGCUGUCCUCAAAUAAACUUUCAGGUGCAGUUCCUCCUCAGCUCUACAACAUUUCGACACUCCAGAUCUUUUAUAUUACUAACAAUCUAUUAAGUGGACGGUUUCCUGCUACUGUAGGAUUGACUCUUCCAAACCUUACUUUAUUUUUGGCUGAUUUGAACCAAUUGUUUGGAUCAAUUCCCACUACAUUAGCAAAUGCUUCAGGGCUUGUAAAAAUUAGAGUAGGACACAAUUCACUCACAGGACCAAUUCCACAAAAUCUAGGUAGCCUGAAAGAACUUCAGGUUUUACAUUUUGGCCAUAAUCCCCUUGGAAUUAAUGAAGCAAAUGAUAUUAGCUUUAUUUCCUCCUUAUCAAAUUGCACAAAUCUACAAAUAUUGAGUUUGUCAAGAAUUCAAAUUGGAGGCAUACUGCCAACUGCCAUUGCCAAUCUUUCAACCAAACUCACAUCUUUGUGGCUGAAUGAUAAUACUAUAUCUGGUAGCUUACCUUCUGGGAUUGGAAACUUGGGCUAUCUCGAUGUACGUAACAAUUCUCUCUCAGGUAUUAUUCCUGAUUCCUUGGGGAAACUUGUUAAAAUGCAGGAGCUUUAUCUGUCUGAAAAUAGCUUCGCAGGAGAAAUUCCUUCAACAAUCGGUGACAUUUCUGAACUACAGAUUCUUGUAUUAGAACAGAACAUGCUUACAGGUAACAUUCCUGUUUCUUUGAGUAACUGCAGUAACUUGCAAGGAUUUACUGUUAGUCAGAAUCGCCUAAGUGGAGCUUUACCUAAAGAACUUCUUGAAAACAAAUUAUCUGGUGAAAUUUCUACAUCUAUUGAUGGUUGUAAGAUGUUGGAAUAUAUUCGGUUGAAAGGUAACAUUUUGGAAGGCUCUGUACCUUCUACUUUAGGAGAAUUGAAAAGCAUUCAGGUCAUAGAUCUAUCUCAGAAUAAUUUGUUAGGGCAAAUUCCAGCUUCUUUGGCAAAAUUAAACUUCAUCAGCACUCUAAAUAUUUCCUAUAAUAUGCUAGAGGGUGAAGUGCCAAUGGAUGGGAUCUUUGCAAACUAUAGUGCCUUUUCAGCACUGGGGAAUGGAAAGCUAUGCGGAGGAAUCAAAGCAUUGAACUUAUCAUCUUGUCCUAAACCUACCAAAAAGAAAGCAAAGCUGUCUACUCCUAUAGUAAUAGUCAUUGCCAUUACUAUUCCUCUAGCUAUAGUUUUACUUCUCAUAUCUGCCUAUGCAAUUCAUAGACUAAGCUGCUCAAAACAACAAUUACCUUUUACCUCUGCAGCAGAAAAACAGAAUCGGAAGCUCUCAUAUGCAGAAUUAUAUGAUUCCACCAAUGGUUUUUCUUCAGAAAAUUUGAUUGGUGAAGUUAAAUAUGGCUCUGUUUACAAAGGGGUCCUCAAACCUGGUGAGCAAAUGGUUGCUGUUAAGGUUCUUAAGCUCCACCAACAUGGUGCCCAUAAGAGCUUCUUGGCUGAAUGUGCAGCGUUGAGAAACAUCCGCCAUCGAAACCUCGUCAAGAUCAUAACCUCUUGUUCAAGUUUAGACUUCAAACACAACGAUUUCAAAGCUUUGAUUUUCGAAUAUGUGCCCAAUGGAAGUUUAGAGAAUUGGUUACAUCCAAGUUCAGCUGAGGAAGAGGGACAAAGCCUAAUGAAGCUCCAGUUGAUACAAAGACUGAAUAUUGCAAUCGACAUUGCGUCCGCCUUGGAUUACCUUCAUAACCAUUGUGCGACACUGAUUAUCCACUGUGAUAUAAAGCCGAGCAACAUACUUCUAGGUGAUGAUUUUCGCGCCUUGGUUAGUGAUUUUGGCCUAGCAAAAUUUCUUUCCUCCAUCGAAGGUAAAUCCCAUCAACAUCAAAGCAGCUCAGCAGCAAUUAGAGGAACAGUUGGAUAUGUUGCUCCAGAAUAUGGCAUGGGUGGAGAGGUAUCAACACAAGGAGAUGUAUACACCUAUGGAAUUCUAUUGCUUGAAUUGUUUACAGGGAAAAGGCCUACUGACAGCAUGUUCACAGGAGAUUUUAGUCUCCAUAGUUAUGUUAAGAUGGCUCUUCCCCAUCAGGUAAUGGAAAUUGUUGAUCCAAAGAUCUCAAUGGAAGCAGAAUCCAUACCAGGUAUAAUCACCAAAACAAGCAAUGGCGACAGCAUCAGUCAGGAGGAAUGCUACCUAUCGAUGUUUUGGAUUGGUGUUUCAUGCUCUUCAGAAAUUCAGAGGGACAGGAUGAAUAUUAAAGAUGUCCUCAGUGGAUUACAAGCAAUCAGGAAUGAGUUUGUUCUUAGUUGGAGCAUUGUGAAUUAUGGUUCUUAG